AUGGAUUAUGUUGAUCUCUCAAACAACUUGAUCAGUGAUGACAUAUCUAAUCUCACACUACUAGCAAAUAUCUCUUACUUUGAUGCAUCGCACAACUCUCUGUCAGGAUCUAUUUUCUCGUUAUUGUGCCAUCAAGAGAGUGACAAAGAAAGCAACUUCCUAGUGUUGGAUCUAUCACAUAAUAAUUUGAGUGGAACACUUCCUCUGGGGUCCUUAAAUUUGUCUCGGAACCAUUUGAUUGGGAAGGUUUCCAAGGAAAUUGGUGGCAUGAAAAACUUGGAAUCUCUUGAUCUCACCUACAAUAAAAGAGAAAUUAUUUCAGCCAUCUCUAAUUUGUCUUUUCUUGACUAUUUGAACCUCUCAUACAACAAUUGUACUGGACUAAUCCCAUUGGGAAUCCAAAUUCAGAUUUUUGACCCAUGGAGUUUUGUGGGCAAUGAUCUUUGUGGAGAUCCUCUUCCCAAGAAGUGCUACGAGCAAGAGGCUUCUAAUGACUCAAAGCCAGCUGAAGGAAACGAAGAUGAUGAUUUUCUGAAGCAUUGUAUCUUGGGAUGGAAGUAG